AUGUCGGUGGUCGCAGGCGGACCACGUCCGCUGAUGCUACCCCAGAGCACCCCGUCUUCUCCAUUCGAGCGACGUCGACUGAGCAUCGAAGUCCGAGCGGAUGCUCCGAGGUCGGCUGGCUCGACGCGGGACCAACCCAGCUCAGCACCAGGCCGACGACUCUCUUAUGUGCGCAGCCCUUCCGCCGCUGGCACCAGCAGCGCCAACCGCAACGUUGAUUCUCAAGAUGGCGACACCACGCCUCGCGGUCGACCAGGAGGGGUCACACCGGUGGCGUUUCCAGGAGCGACUAGGGGAGAGGUGGCGGGAAUUAAGUCUCAGCGUAGAAGCAGCUCGGUCGGUAUAGCUUCUUCGACGCCUUCGUGGACCGCGAGAGAAGCGCCAGAUCCACUGCAAUUCGCCCGACGCCAUUCGCAAGCUCGACCUGUCUCUAUCAGGGCAGGGCCUCUGACCCCAGCUGGUCAGGAUAGGCGGAGCAGCACGAGCGCACUAGGUGCUGCUUGGUCCUCGCAAGCUCCCACACCUAAACGGAACACGUUUGCUCUCCCGCCGAUGAACGACAAAUCGGGACGAAAAGGGUUGCAGAGAUCCCAGAGCAUGCACAAAGCCGCCGGCUCCAUCGACUCGACGAUCGAUCGGCGCACGUCCGGAAGCGUCGAUUACGGUGAUCUCUCCCCCUCUUCUAGCGCCUCUGAUCGACCCUCUUCCACUUCCUCCUUCUCCCAUCAUUCGCCCGAGUCGCCUUAUGAUGCGCUUCUACGGCAAGCUCACCAGAUCGCUUCCUCCUCCCAGGCGAAGCGACCACCUUUGGCGCCGUUCACAGCACGCACCUGGGCAAGAGAAUACGAUGAGGCAGACGGAGAUGGCGGCAUAUUUGGCAGUGAUCACACCCGCGGUCUGGUCUCGACGCCUUUGCGCUCGCGUCCCGCGUCGAGGCAAAUGCCCAGAACACCUUCCUCGGCAUAUCCUGCUUCCCCAGCAGAUAUACGCCCUGAGCGCUACCAGCCAAUGACGCUGGAUCGAGCUCGGACGUUGGCUCGUCGAGCUUCGGCUGGUACUCUGAGCGGAGCAGCUGCCCGUCAGGCAGCGUUGGACGCCGUAGGCCCGCGGCCACCUGUGCAUGGUAUGCGGAGGUCUAGCAGCUCUGCCCGACCUAGUGCGCAGUCAGGUGCUCAGCCGCUCAGCAUGGAAUCGAUAGCUGCCAUGAGGACUGGCGCGCCUCUGAGCGCCCAAAGUUUGUCCUUCUCCGAUGCCUUUGGUCGCUCGGUCGUGGGCCAAGAUGGGCGCAGAAGCUACAUUGCGACGCACUCAGCGUUGCCCAGUCCAUCAGCUUCAUUGCAUCCCAAAUCCCUGGCCAAGGUUGAGUCAGACAUUGGAUCGCCUGCUUUUGCGAUUUUACAAUCAGAAGCGGAAGCUGCGCUGCGGCUAGACGCAGCCCGUCGAAUGGCUCGUUCGUUGAGGUCCAAGCGCCAUAGUGAUGGGGGACUAUUCGCUUCUAGUGCCGCUGUUGCGGCCUUGCGCGAUGAUGAUGCUGAGGGCGACGGAAAGGAGAGCUCUGCUCUGCUAAGGGCGCUAGCAGCAGCGCCCACUCCUCCUCCCCGACCGAAUUCCCAAGCUUCGCGCCACCGACGUCCUCCUCGAUUAUCAACUCGGCCGUCUUCUAGGAGUGUGACGCCGACGCCGACGGAUACUUCACAUCUUCUGCACGACGCAAGCUUCGUACGAAAUCUCGGGCCAAGCCGUGAUGGAAGCACGGAAGGAUCUCUCACACCGACCCCUCAGGCCAAGACUGAGACUAUCGACGCGAAGGCGUUCAAUUUUGCUCGCCCCUUCAAGGAGUCGAUUGGACAAAGCGCGCCAGAACGAGAUAUGGCGACAGAUGCUGUACCGGACAUUGAGAUCGUGCCACCUUUGGAACCGAGCAGUCCCAAGAGGCGUACUGUUCCUACCGAAGAAUCAUCGACACUUUUGAGCAGCGUUGCGCCGGCGCCGCACAGCGCAGGCGGAGCGGCAGAAUACCCAAAUUCUCAGCGGCACGGGGGAGAAAGCACGGAAAGGCGAUCGGAGCGGAAUGCUCGUCAUCCGACGCCGCCCGCAACUGGCACAGACCGCGCUCGCAAACGUACACUCAGCGCCAUGGCACCCAAAAGCUCUGCUCAUCAUCUGAGUUCAUCAGAUUACGCGAGCACAGCCAUGACGUCGUCGUCUUCCAAUCACUCUGCCCUCGGCUUGACUGCUGUUCUUGCACCCGAGUCGCACGAGAUUGAUACGAGAGCCAGUACGGGUAGGCUUCGGCGCUUGUUCCGUCGAAUGACAGGUCGUCCGUCGGACCCUGGCGCCUCGCCUGGGUCUCGACGUGCCACGCUUGCUCCUUCGACGCAGACGUCUGUAGCGAUGACCGCGAUGACCACUUCGGCAUCGCAGCAGAGCUUGAGCAACGGAAGCGAGUCCAAGUUGUGGAAAGGCUGCACAGGACCAGGAAGCGUGGAACUGGAGCCGCAUGUUCUGUCUGCUCCUCCGACGGUCAGCACAUUUGAGCCGUGGAGCUUGGAAGCGCAGCCGAAGGCUAACGCUCCGCGACGUCGACCUGCGCACAAUGUCGCCGCUAGCUGGAAAGCCGAGAUGGCGCGGGGUUCAGACAAUGGACGUCAAAGCAGGAAUUUCAGCGGACAUGGGCCAAACGCUUUUCCCACAUUGCAGAGUUGGCAACAACGAGCGGAUGGUCAGUACGGAGGAGCGGCUGACUGGUCAGAGUUUGGUGCGCCGCAGCCUGAAGCAAGGUCGAGGCGAAACAGCUUUGGAAGUCUGAGGUCCAUAGGGCGACGCUUGUCAUUCAGGAGGAUUCGAGCAGUCUCUCUCGCUCCUGAACAUGCCGCCAAUGACCUGCCAAACAUUUCUUCGCGCUCGCACGACUCGAUUGCUGGAGAUAAGAUCAAGAUGAAGUCGUCGACGCACAAACGUGCAAGUCUGCAAAGCCUUUCGUCUUACCUACGCGCCAGCAAGUGA